AUGCUGUCACGACUCUUGCGCUACAUCAGAGCUGAGCCUUUGGCCAACACUGGCUCCGUUGCGAGAGACCUGCUGGCCAGCGAGCGCACGUUCCUCGCAUGGACAAGAAGUGGCCUAGGCUUCAUUGCGCUCGGCAUAGCGCUGGAGAAAGUCGAAGCCUUUGCUGCCCUAUCUCCAACGUUACUGCACUUGUCAGACUCCAGAACCAAAUUGGCGGCGGGAACCUUGGUCGGUCUUGGGUCCGCAACGGUUGCUCACGGCACGGCCAGAUAUUUCGGAACGCUCAAGGAGAUAAAACAAGGACGGUUUAGACCGAAUACGGGCGGGAUCACGCUCAUGGCCAUUACUAGCAUUUCCAUAGGUUUUGUCGGGGCCAUUGCCGUCGCAUCCAAUGAUCAGGAGGAGAAGGACAAGAUCAUUGUAUAA